AUGGUCAGAGGCUGCAGACAUACUACAGGAGAUGGUCAGAGGCUGCAGACAUACUACAGGAGAUGGUCAGAGGCUGCAGACAUACUACAGGAGAUGGUCAGAGGCUGCAGACAUACUACAGGAGAUGGUCAGAGGCUGCAGACAUACUACAGGAGAUGGUCAGAGACUGCAGACAUACUACAGGAGAUGGUCAGAGGCUGCAGACAUACUACAGAGAUGGUCAGAGGCUGCAGACAUACUACAGGAGAUGGUCAGAGGCUGCAGACAUACUACAGGAGAUGAAACAGAGAAAUAGCAAAAAACUCCCACUCUGGUGAGGGUGGCCUU